GGGAUGGCACCACACAGAGAGACGCCAGCACAGACCCUGGAAGGAGAUGGCUUCUCUGCAGCGAGGAAGCAGGCAAUUAGUUCACCGGGUGAUGAGCGCUCUGUCCGCUUUCGGGGAAGUAAUUUGUUAGAAAUGGGGUUCGACCACUCUUUUUCCUUGGAGUUCCCUACCACCCAGUGUCGCUGUUGUUACCCCCACUUGGGGGCUGUAAUACAUAGUGGGCCCUGAGUAGUUGUAUAAGAAAAGGGGUGAUAGCAGGUUGACAUUUUUUUUCCUCUCUUCCCUUCGCCCUGAUGUGACAUCUCUUGUUUCAGAGAUCAAAGUCACAACUGGAAUGUGGGAGAUGGUACUGUCAAAUGCACACACACACACAGACAAAAAUUCACCCAGGACUGCGGUUACAGUAAUGCUGACGGAAAUUAAAGAGGUUUUGAAAGCAGCGUGCGAUUUAUGAUGCUACCCAUUUACCCUAGAGUCAAGCUGUUGUAAAACUGAUGUACAAAAGACAUCAUAAAAUAAUCCUGUGUACCCAGGAUUAAAGUGGCAGAAAGUGGCUUGUUUUAUUAUUAUUUUUUUAUGUACUCCACGAACAGCUGUAGUAGUUGUUGGAUCCUCAGUUUAAGUGAGGCAUCAAACAAAAAUAUGAACUAUAUGUGCUUAGAGCUGAGGAGUUUCUUGUAACGGCAUUUUACACAUUAUAAAAGCCAGUUGGACAUCUUUUUCUUCCUCUGGCCAGUAUUACUAUUUUUUCCAGAGAUCUAUUCCCAUAUCCUAAGCAUUCUGAGCAAUGGCUGUGAGUCCAUUUGUCUUUCACGGUUUUUGUAUGCUGCGCUUUCAGAUGUUUUUGUGCACAGACACGCGUGCUUUAAGUGGAAUUUAUUUCUGGCACUAAGUGCUCCUGCUCUGAAGUUGUCCUUUAGCACCAAGCCUUGUGCAAGUUUGGUAGAACUCCCCUUUACUCUUUGGGAUCAUGCACAGCAGGGUCCUCGUGAACCCUUAAAGGCUCAGUGUUUUCUAUCACACUUGUAGCUGGUUCAUUUAAACUUGUUCAUCCUAAUGAACUUCUGAGUUGUAGGUACUCUCUCUGUUCCCAGAGAGCAGCCGGUUUAAAAUCCACAUUGCUAAUCACUUUACCAAAGUGCAGGAAGCUCUUUACCUGAGGGAAGGACAAGCCACUCUGAAUCUGAACUUUGUUAUAGAGGACCUUUUUGGGGACAAGUCUGAGAUGCCCCCUACCUGAACCCAUUGAGAAUAUUAAGUUGGGUUGUGUUUGCAUGUAAAACUUUGGGUGAAAAUCAACCUCAUGUGAUUUUUAAAAAAUAAAUAUUGAGCAAAUGUUAAUAGCAGGAGUGCAUUGCUAACACCUAAUUUUUUUUUCCCUUCUGCCUGAGAUGUAAGUUAUCUGUCAGGCAGGGAUAUGAGCUUACAAAAAGAAGGAGACAAAAGCAGAGCUGACUGUUGCUAUAUUAAAAUGUAAGUGUUACAGUUUGAAUUUUCAAGUGAGAGUUUUUGAGUUCAAUGCUUUACAUAACAUUUUGUCCUAAUCUUGCUUGCUGUCAGGGAUGUUUCAUGGUUGUGCAAUUGCUGCAGUCAAGAAUGCCAAUUUGCAUUCCAGGAGUGUCAUUUGAUUACUUUUAUCUGCGAAGCUCCAAGACCGGCCCAGACCUCUCGUUUCAUCUUGCCAUGUCACGAGUCAAUGCUGUGUCGUCUUUUCAAAAAUCUGCCUGAUUUAGACAAGAAAGAAAAGUACUUUCAUGUUGCAGCCGCAGUCCCCUGCUAACUUGUCAGCAGCAGGAUAUGAUUCACUUGGGCCCAGAAGAAUGGAACAGAGAGGCGGGUUAGGCGGUUCAAUAAAGCCCACGGACAGGCACGCUUUGUGCCCUCCCCGCCUCCAAAUUGCCUCAGUUACAAAUCAGAGGGCAGGCUUGGUGAUCAAGACUGGCAAACACACUUCAAGGUCCCAUGCUGUGGGGUCGAUGCAUCUCAACUUGAGUCAGAAGAGGCAGAAGUGGAUGUGAGAGAAAGAGACACACAGAGAGACAGAGAGCCAAAGAGGGCAAGAGACUUGACUUUAAGAGACUCCUGUGCUGACAACUCCAUGCAGUUCGGAACCAGAACAACUGCGGCUGAACCAGGGUUCAUGGGGACAUGGCAAAACGCUGAUACUAACCUCUUAUUCAGAAUGUCCCAACAGGUUUCACUGGCAUGUGCUGGCAGAGUCCUGGGUGCAGACUUUUGCCCAAGCCUGGAGGAGCCAGACCAGAGGCUGGAAGUCCAGGCCAUCCGCUGCACACUGGUAAACUGCACGUGUGAGUGUUUCCAGCCGGGGAAGAUUAACCUGCGGACUUGUGAUCAGUGUAAACAUGGCUGGGUGGCACAUGCCUUGGAUAAGCUCAGCACACAGCACCUGUACCAUCCCACUCAAGUGGAGAUCGUGCAGUCCAAUGUAGUGUUCGACAUCAGCAGCCUGAUGCUCUACGGGACGCAGGCGGUGCCUGUGCGGCUGAAGAUACUGCUGGACCGGCUCUUCAGUGUCCUGAAGCAGGAAGAAGUGUUGCACAUACUCCACGGCCUGGGCUGGACCCUGCGGGACUAUGUCCGCGGAUACAUCCUUCAGGACGCUGCUGGCAAAGUACUGGACCGCUGGGCUAUCAUGUCUCGAGAAGAGGAAAUCAUCACCCUUCAGCAGUUUCUGCGGUUUGGGGAAACCAAAUCCAUUGUGGAGCUGAUGGCAAUUCAGGAGAAAGAAGGGCAGGCCGUGGCUGUACCAUCUUCAAAGACGGACUCGGAUAUCAGGACUUUCAUCGAGAGCAAUAAUCGCACCAGGAGUCCUAGCCUCCUUGCCCACUUAGAGAACAGCAAUCCUUCCAGCAUUCAUCAUUUUGAAAACAUACCAAACAGCCUUGCAUUUCUGCUUCCAUUCCAGUAUAUAAACCCUGUCUCGGCCCCACUGUUAGGCUUGCCUCCCAAUGGCCUGCUUUUAGAGCAGCCCGGACUGAGGCUACGGGAGCCGAGCAUUUCAACCCAGAAUGAGUACAAUGAGAGCAGUGAGUCUGAAGUGUCCCCAACACCGUACAAGAGUGACCAGACACCCAAUAGAAACGCCCUGACUAGCAUCACUAAUGUAGAACCCAAAACCGAGCCAGCAUGUGUCUCCCCCAUCCAGAAUUCUGCCCCCAUCAGUGACCUGAGCAAGAGUGAACACCCAAAGAGCUCCUUCCGGAUCCACCGUAUGAGAAGGAUGGGGUCAGCCUCGAGGAAAGGGAGGGUGUUCUGUAAUGCUUGUGGGAAGACAUUCUAUGACAAAGGUACUCUCAAGAUACACUACAACGCUGUUCACCUGAAGAUUAAACAUCGAUGCACCAUUGAAGGUUGCAACAUGGUCUUUAGUUCCCUUCGAAGCCGGAAUCGCCACAGCGCGAACCCCAAUCCCCGCCUUCACAUGCCCAUGCUAAGGAACAACCGAGACAAGGAUUUAAUUCGAGCAACGUCGGGAGCUGCCACUCCAGUCAUAGCAAGUACAAAAUCCAACCUUACACUCACAAGUCCUGGGCGGCCCCCAAUGGGUUUUACCACUCCUCCACUAGACCCUGUCUUACAGAACCCUCUCCCUAGCCAGCUGGUAUUUUCUGGGCUAAAGACUGUACAGCCAGUUCCUCCUUUUUAUAGAAGUUUACUCACGCCAGGGGAAAUGGUGAGUCCUCCAACCUCCCUCCCAACUAGUCCCAUCAUUCCAACCAGUGGUACCAUAGAGCAGCACCCCCCUCCACCCUCUGAGCCAAUAGUGCCAGCAGUCAUGAUGGGUACUCAUGAGCCCAGUGCUGACCUGGCACCUAAGAAAAAGCCUAGGAAGUCAAGCAUGCCUGUCAAAAUUGAGAAGGAAAUCAUUGAUACAGCUGACGAGUUUGAUGAUGAAGAUGAUGACCCUAACGACGGUGGGACUGUGGUCAACGACAUGAGCCAUGACAAUCAUUGCCAUUCUCAAGAGGAGAUGAGCCCAGGCAUGUCUGUGAAGGACUUUUCUAAGCAUAAUAGAGCCCGGUGCAUUUCAAGAACUGAAAUAGGAAGGGCUGACAGUAUGACAUCUGAGGACCCGGAGCCCGAGCGGGACUAUGAGAAUGAGUCGGAGUCUUCAGAGCCUAAACUCGGUGAGGAAUCCAUGGAAGGGGAUGAGCACCUUCACAGCGAGGUGAGCGAAAAAGUCCUGAUGAACAGCGAGAGGCCCGAUGAGAACCACAGCGAGCCGUCUCACCAGGACAUCAUCAAGGUAAAGGAAGAAUUCGCAGACCCCACCUACGACAUGUUUUACAUGAGCCAGUACGGACUAUACAACGGUGGGGGUGCCAGCAUGGCUGCCCUGCACGAGAGUUUCGCGUCCUCUCUGAAUUAUGGAAGCCCGCAAAAGUUCUCUCCUGAAGGGGACCUGUGUUCCAGUCCAGACCCCAAAAUCUGUUACGUGUGCAAGAAGAGCUUCAAAAGCUCCUACAGCGUGAAGCUUCAUUACAGGAACGUUCACUUAAAGGAGAUGCACGUGUGCACAGUGGCUGGCUGCAACGCUGCCUUCCCCUCCCGUCGAAGCAGAGACAGACACAGUGCCAACAUAAACCUGCAUCGUAAACUGUUGACCAAAGAACUCGAUGACAUGGGCCUGGACUCCUCGCAGCCCACCCUUAGCAAGGACCUCCGGGAUGAAUUUUUGAUGAAGAUCUACGGUGCCCAGCACCCUCUGGGGCUCGAUGUCAGGGAAGAUGCCUCCUCUCCCGCAGGGACCGAAGAUUCCCACCUGAAUGGGUACGGGAGAGGCAUGGCGGAGGACUACAUGGUCCUUGACCUGAGCACCACCUCCAGCCUCCAGUCCAGCAGCAGUAUCCAUUCCUCCAGAGAGUCAGAUGCGGGCAGCGACGAGGGGAUCCUUCUUGACGACACCGACGGGGCGAGCGACAGUGGGGAAUCUGCACACAAGGCCGAGGCCCCCACCCUCCCCAGCACUCUAGGGGCUGAAGUUUCAGGAUCUCUUAUGUUCAGCAGCUUGUCCGGGAGCAAUGGUGGGAUCAUGUGCAACAUUUGCCACAAAAUGUACAGCAACAAGGGGACCCUCCGGGUCCACUACAAAACUGUGCAUUUGCGAGAGAUGCACAAGUGCAAAGUCCCGGGCUGUAACAUGAUGUUUUCCUCUGUGCGAAGCCGAAAUCGGCACAGUCAGAACCCUAAUCUCCACAAAAACAUUCCCUUCACUUCGAUAGAUUAGUCCCAGAAUGGACACGACAAAUGCCAGCUCUCACCAGAUGGCCUACAUGUUUGAACUGCCAUAGCCAGUGUGUGCUUCCAUAGCGGGGCACAUAUGUGUGUGCACAUACGUACACCUCUCUGUCUACACUUGUGCACACACAUUGUUUCUUUUCUUUAGAUACAAAUGAUAAAUACUAGGUGCUUUUGAAUUUUUUUCAUUUACCUUUAUAGUUUUGGGGAGAGGGUGGAUCUUUUACUUGGGGUAAAAAUAGAGUACCCCUUUCAGCACACACACACACACAUACAUACACAUGCACAAUACACACACAAAAUGCAUACACUCACAUACACAUGCACACAUGUGUACACACACACACUCACACACACACAGCGUGCAACUAGCCCCAAUUUUGAUAAAAUAAUUCUUGGUCUUCUCCAAAGAGACAUUUUGUUGUACCUAUGACUGUUGCCUGCAAAAAAUAAAUAAAUAAAUAAAGGGGGGAAAGAGAAAAGAAACAAAAAGGAACUUCUUAUAGUUGUCUUUUGUGAACUUAAGGUUUUGAGAGAAUCUUUAAUUAAAGCAUGGCAGAUUCACCUGUAAAUAUUUAGCCUUGAGAGGCCAAUGAUGUAAAACAAUUGUAUUGAUGGUUGUUUAACUCUUCUUUAAUUUUGACAGUUACAUCCAGCUGUUAGAUAUGCAGGAAAUAAAUAGUUUGCUGGGUAGUUCUAUUCAUUUUUGUUAGCAUUAAUGCACAUUUUCUUUAAAAAAAAAAUAACAUGGUCUUGUUUUUACUACCUGUUAGAUAUAGUGAUAAAGACGUGCUGGCAUGCUCCUCAGCACAGAUCUGAUUUGUUAAAAUGUCCUGUACUAGUACAUAAAUCCAGCCAUGCACUUUUUUCGUACACUACAAGGGGAUGUGUAAUAUCCGUGCUUCUUUUUAUCCUUAAACUAUUACCAUACUUCAAUAAGUUCCUUUCUUUAAAAC